GCGGCGGCGGGGCGAGCACUGCCGGGCGGCCGGGUAGCCAUGCAGCUGGUCGGGGCAACGCUGAUGCUGCUGCUGUGCGCCGCCGCCGCGGCCCUGGGACCCGCACCGGGACCCGCACCCGCAGCGGGGCGGCCGGGGGCCGAGCGGCGGGCGGCGGCCGGCAAAGAGCGGCGGGCGCAGUUCGCCUCCUGGGACGAGGUGAACGUGAUCGCCCACGGGCUGCUGCAGCUCGGCCACGGCCUGAAGGAGCAUGUGGACCGCACCAAGGGGCAGAUGCGGGAGCUGGGCAGCCGGCUGAGCGCCCACAACAGCUCCAUGGGGCGGCUGCUGCGGCAGGCGCGGGAGGCGCAGGAGCGGGGCGAGCGGCUGCGGGCCAGCGUGCGGGAGCUGGAGGGCCGCGGCCGGCAGCUCCUCAACCUCUCCGAGGCCCUGCGGCAGCGCCUGGAAGAGGUGGCGGCCGACAAAGCCGAGAUCCAAGGGCGGCUGGAGCAGCUGGAGGGCCGUGUCCGGCAGGCGCUGCAGGCGCGGCCGGCCGGGAACCAGAGCGCCAAGGACCUGGGAGCGCUGCAGUCACUGAUGGACGCACAGAACUCGCGAAUCGAGGAGCUCUUGCAGAAGAUCAAGCAACAGCAGUACAAGCUGGACAAGCAGAAUCUGCAGAUUAAAAGCCUGCAGAGCAAGGUCAACCUGCUGAUCCCCUUACACCUGAAGGACAACAAAACGCAGUCUCCGAAAUGGAAGAUAAACCCGAAGAAGAGCCUCAGCCUCACCAACCAGAGCCAGAACGCCAGUGUGGAGCCCGUGCCGACACAGAAGCUCCCGGAGGAUUGCCACCAGCUCUUCCUGGCCGGGCAGCAAAGCAGCGGCAUUUUCCAGGUGCAGCCCGCAGGGUCUCAGCCCUUCAAAGUCUACUGUGACAUGACUUCAGAAGGUGGCUGGACAGUGAUCCAGAGGCGCACAGAUGGCUCUGUGGACUUUGACCAGCUUUGGGAUGCCUACAAGAAUGGCUUUGGAGACCUUCAUGGUGACUUCUGGCUGGGUCUGGAGAAGGUACAUCACCUUGUCCAAGAGGGAAGAUACGAUCUCUUGAUUGAGCUGGAAGACUGGGAGGGAAAUUCCCAGGUAGUUCAGUUUGUCUUCAGCCUUGGUGGUGAGAGCACAGCCUACACGCUUAACCUGCUGGGACCUCUGUCUGGAGAGCUGGAAAACGCCAUCGGGGACUUCAGGCAGCUGCCCUUCUCCACUCGGGAUCGUGACCAUGACCUCAAAGCUGACACAAACUGUGCCAAGCAUCUCUCAGGUGGCUGGUGGUUCAGCACCUGUGGCCAUGCCAACCUCAACGGGAGGUACUUCCGCUCCAUCCCUCGCCAGAGGCACGAGCGCAAGCAGGGCAUCUUCUGGAAGACAUGGAAAGGCAGGUAUUACCCGCUGAAGUCAACCACCAUGAAGAUCCAACCCGCAGCACUGGAGGCAGAGCCCUAAAGCUGCCACUUGAGACUUGACCUUCUCUGCGGAGCACAGACCUGAGCUCCAUCACUUGGUGUUUACAGAAAACAAACCCACCCUCCCCAGGAAGUCCCCACAAGGAGCAUUUCUCUUGGUUAGCAGCCCUUUGGUGGCAUGAUGCAGCUCCUCACUAGAAGUAAAACAGCUCCGUGUUGCUGAAGCCCCUGGGUGGGAGCUCCCAAACCAGAAGAGGAGCCACCAGCAGGGAGACCCACCUCCAGAGCAUGCACAAAGCUCUUCCAACCUGCCACGUGCUGCCGUGGCAAGUUCAAGUUGUUUGGUGCUUUCUGUCCUGUCUGAACACUUCUGUGCCGGUUUUGAUGGGCUGGGGCUGGGGGGAAGGGGAGCAUGUGAGGUGUUUCACUACCCUGGACCCAAAUGGGUACGGAGCCUUGCUGUAUCCUGUGUCUCACUGUUGGUCCCAACUGAUGUCUUAUGUACCCUCCUGUGGAAGCUCCCAGACCCUCCUUCCCCCUGGUGCCGUGGAGCGGUGAAGCCUUAGGCAGCUCCAUCUGUGCAGACCCCGCUCUUGUGACUUCAGCCCGCUGAGAAUAGGAGUUUUGGGGGGAAGGCUGAAGGACACCCUUUGCAGAAGGGGACUUCAGGCUCACUUGGCUUCCCUGGCCCCUGUGGCUUUGAGGCCCUGUCUUUCUGGCUGUGCUGGAAUUUGCCGGGAGCUGGGGAAACUGCUUCCAACUCCAGGAGGCGAUGGGUGGGAUCCUGCAGCCCCUUGCAUGAGGGCCAGAUUUUGGAAGGCUGAAUCUUAAGCUCUGCCCGAAGCCGACCGGUGCUGCUGGGGAUGGUCAGGACGAGCACUAGGACAGCCCUGCUGCCAGCUGUAGAUCUCCCGGGGGGGCUGCCUUCUCCCAGAAGGCUCCACGUACUUUGCAGAGUGAACAGCACCAUCCUGCGCGCGUGCCCCAGACCUCGCUCUACAUGGCCAAGGGGCAGCAAGGGUUUCUCGGCAAGAGCCGCCCCACCUCGUUCGGGUGCGUAGGUCGGUGCUGUCGUACAGCGUUGCCUCUGGCCUGGGCGUCUGGGGGAGAGGUGGGCAAAACAGGUCCCCAAAAAAGUGUUUAGGGGCCAAGCUGCCGUCUUGGGGCAUCCCGAGCAUCCCGCCCUAUUGAAGUCAUAUUGACUACCCGCGCUAGAGCUCCUAGCUGCUAAAUACUGUAAAUAGCCAUUUGUAGGAUUGUUAGAUCUCGUCGAUGAAUUUCCUGUUUUAAUUUGUUUCCAUAUUUAAAUGCAGUGUUAAUAACAAUGUGGUGUAAUUUAUAAAUGUUGAUGCUGGGA